UGUUUACGCAGUACAGUAGAAAAUUAUAAAUAAGCACUAUUUGAGUAAGAAAAAGAUAAGAUAUUGAAAAAAAGUGUUACGGAAGAAAAUAUUUUAUAAUAACUGAGGAAAAUGAAAGUUUACAUUUUAAUGGUGUUUGUUUUACAUCAAUUGCAAGGAUCUCCUAUAACUUCUUGUAAACCAGUUAACUGUUUGGUUAAUCCCUGCAUAUUUCGCAAAUGUCCCGCCGGGUCUCAAUGUAUACCAAAUUAUUGUAAUGGUUGCAACGCAGAAUGCAAACCUUGUGAUCCAGUUAACUGUUUAGUUAAUCCCUGCAAAUUUUAUGAAUGUCCUGCUGGUACUCAAUGUAUUCCAAAUUAUUGUAAUGGUUGCAACGCAGUGUGCAAACCUUGUAAAAUAUUUAAUUGUUUUGUUGACCCCUGCAAAUUUCAUUCUUGUCCUGCUGGUUCACAAUGUAUCUCAAACUACUGUAACGGUUGCAAUGCAGUGUGCAAGCCUUGUGUUAACAGUGCUUGCCUAAUUGAUCCCUGUUUAAAUCAUAAUUGCACUUCUGGUUUUAAAUGCAUCUCGAAUUACUGCAAUGGUUGCAACGCUGAAUGCACAAAAAAUGUCAUUGGAUGAUAAAUGUACCUGCAUUUAGUGAUAAAGUCUAUGCACCUUUUAAAGAUAAAGUUAUUGUGUAAUGGUGUAGGUUAUAAAGCAUAAAACAUUUAAAAAGUAUGUGGUUUCGUAAUGGAAGGAUGUUUCUACUAAAGUUUGUAAUAAAAUGUUUAACUAAAGUGUAAGAAGAAUAAAUAAUUGAAGAAAGAAAAUAAUAUAUACUUAAAAACAUUAAAACUUAGGAAACGUUUUA